AUGAAUCUCAAUGAGGAGUUGGAGGAGGGCCAUAUCUCCGACGGCGGCUACGACGAUCUUAGUUCGGAAGACCAUGAACGAAUGAUGAACGGGCUAGAGCAUGUCCGCAGCAUAAUCGGAGACGAAGAGUCCUCCAAGAUUUCGGACGCGGAGAUCACGGACGCUCUAUACCAUUACUUUUUCGAUAUCGAGCAGACGACCGCUUGGCUCCUAGAUGAACAACAGCGCAGAUUGGCUGCUCAGGCACGCAAAGACGUCUUUGACUCGGAAGACGGGAAGCCACUACCCAUGCCCCCACCUGGAGACUAUGCUGACUGGUCUCCGCCGACCGACGAUGCCAGCGGAAGGCACAACGUUCCCUUUGUCCGCCUCACUUCCUCAAGCGACUACGUCUCGUCGCCCGACGCGGAGACAACGAGAACAUCUACCCGCCCCGGGAGCGUCUGGACGUUGUAUACUAUCACCGAGUUGACAGAGCGCUCGGAGAAUAGCAGACAUGGAGACUUCCCUCCCCAGCCUAGGGAUUCCAACACUACCUUUAAAACGUCCACCACCUCCGACUACGGGCAGGUGCUUGAGCGUCCGACGCUCCAUAUGAUACCGGACUCGAGUCCCUCGCCCGAACGUCCCCAAUCUUUGGACCCAAAUGUCAUUCCUCUUUCCCCCUCCUCCUCGGCGGAACAUCGUUUGUCGAUGGAAAUAGGAUCUCCACCUGGCCCUCCGAUGAUCGACUACUCAGCCGCCUCCUCGUCGGCUGAGAGUUCUAGGCCGCCGACUAUGUUAGACUACAACACGGAGAGCAUACCAGACAUCCCCGACUGGAUAUCGAAGUCAACCGCGCGUCCGCCGCAAGGCGCGGUCUCUUCGGCCUCCUUACUGACGAGGUCUGUGAAGCCCAGCGACGACACACGCAGCGAGGCGAGUGUGAGGAGCGUGAAGACGGCACAGAGUACGCAGAGCAUUCAGAGUGGAAAGGGUGAGAAGAAAUCAAAACUGUCGGCGCUGGCCAGCUCUAGGUCCAGCGCGCGGUCCAACGCAAGGUCAAAUGUGAGCAGUGUUAGCUCGCAUACCUCAGUCCCGGAGACAGAAGCUACCUCGACGAAUGCCACAUAUACCGCGCUGCAUCCCGCGGCUACUUCAUUCGUCUCCCUCUUGCCCCCACGGCCUCCAUCAUCCGACGCCGGUUCGGAUUUGACAGACCUUUCAUCUAUGACCAGGAAGGUGGAGCAGGCGAUACAAAGCGCUCUUGCUCUUGAGGCUAUGGAGCGCCAAGCGCUACAGGAACCCUCGCCCAGACAGUCCACGGUGCCACCCACCCCACCGCCUAAAUCUCCUCAAUACACUUCCUCGAGGACGCCCACGGAGGUCGAAGAUCAUCUCACACCGAGGGCCUCCCCGGUCCCGCUUCCAAUCCCGAGAAGGGCAUCCGCUGGAAGCUAUGCGACUCCGUCGGUUGCUUCGUCACCUCCUUCUGUCCCCCAGUCUCCGCCUGUCGCUCCUCGAUCACCUCCCUCUAGCCCUCCUCGCACCCAAGCACCCUCUACCUCCCCACAGCCCCGCCAGUUGUCGAAGUUGGCGAAGCUCGCUCAAGCGAAGGCAAAGGAGCAGAGCAAGUCAAAGCCACAGUCGACCUCUCACCCGGGUCUGAUUUUGCCGCGGACGACCACGGAGUACCUCACCCCAACCGCCAACGGGCCUACCGCGACGACAGCGAUUACGACAUCCUACCAGUCUCUCAGCGGCCUACUUUCGAGGAACCAGCUCAAGGUCCCACCAUCGCAGCCUACGGUUGCCCCCCUUCCCAAGGCGGGCUCGCCUAGGGUGCCCUCUGCCGGCUCGGCGUCGGCGAAGUCGUCGGAGCCGAAGCAGUCGAAGCUCGCUAUGAAGAGCAAGUCCUCCCGCACCAAGGCGAGUACGGAACCUGAGCCGGAGCCAGAGGAUGCCCCCGUCUUCGAGGUGCCGAUGUUUUCGCCAAGUGCCAUCCGCUCACGCGCGCCGCCUUCGGCAUUUGCGACCUUGCUAGUGAGCGACGCGUCCGACGGCACUUCGGUGAACGGGUCUGAGAACGCGCAUUUGUGCGAGCACCAUCAGGCUGAGCGGGAGCGGGACAGGAGGCGCUCGAACGAGCGGAGCCGCACCAGCGAGGAAGAUGCCAAGCGGAGGCGCUCCCGUGGAGGGCGCAUCGAUACGGUCUUGCCGCCUACAAUGCCUUCACUGCGCGGGUUCGCGUUCGACGUGCCGAGUCCAGAUGAUAUUGUGUACAACGCGCGGAAAGGCACCUCGCUAGGGCAGCGGACGACCUCUACGGUUUCUUCUGCGAUGACGGCGUCGGCGCGCUGA